GUCUCCCAGACAGUGGCUCAGCCUUCAGGACUCUCUUCCAGCAUGGCCGAAGACACCUAUUCACACAAGAGGGUAACAACAAAUCAUAGGCGCUGUCGCACAAAAUUCACAGAAGAACAAUUGAAAAUCCUCAUCGAUACCUUCAAUCAAAAGCCUUACCCAGGUUAUGCUACCAAACAAAAACUUGCUUUAGAAAUCAAUACAGAAGAGUCCAGAAUCCAGAUUUGGUUUCAGAAUCGAAGAGCUAGGCACGGAUUCCAGAAAAGACCAGAAGCUGAGACUUUAGAAUCAAGCCAGAGCCAGGGGCAAGGUCAACCUGGUGUGCAGUUUCAAAGUAGAGAAGCCAGACGAUGUCGUACUACCUACAGCGCCUCUCAGUUACACACUCUCAUCAAGGCAUUUAUGAAAAACCCAUACCCUGGGAUUGAUUCCAGAGAAGAACUUGCUAAAGAAAUCGGUGUUCCGGAGUCAAGAGUCCAAAUUUGGUUCCAAAAUCGAAGAUCUAGAUUACUUCUCCAGAGAAAAAGGGAAGCUGUGGCAUCCUUAGAACAAGAAGAGCAGGGCAAGAUUCCUGAGGGACUACAAGGUACAGAAGAUACACAAAAUGGCACCAACUUCACUAGUGACUCUCAUUUGUCUGGAGCCAGAAUGUGGUGAACAUAGUCAAAUUGAGUGUACUUGAUAUUAUCAACUGGGCCCCAAAUCUGUCUCACGGUCUUCCUGGGAGUCUAUCCUUCUGCUGAAACUGCAAGCUAAGCCUUCUGCAGAUGGUAAAGGACUUGGCCAGAUGUGGUGGCUCACACUUGUAAUCCCACUACUUUGGGAGGCCAAGGCAGGAAGAUUUCUUGAGCUCAGGAGUUUGAAACCAGCCUGGACAGCAUAUAGUAAGACUCUGCUUCUAUUAUAAAAAAACAAAAUAAAUGAAAAGGACUGUAGGAGGCAGAGAUGGGUACAGGGGGUACCACACUACCCUGUUGACACAGCCUAGAUCCAGAGUUCAGCGGACCUUGAGACAAUGAAAAUAAACUUGGUAAUCAUCUUUUUUCAA